AUGUCUCCUGAAGCAUCUUGUGAGCCACCAUCUCGGUCCCUCCAGGGCAAAGUGGCCAUCAUCACGGGGGCUGGAUGUGCAGGCGAGGGAAUCGGCAAUGGUCGAGCCUGCGCAAUCCUGCUCGCCGACGAAGGCUGCAGUGUGAUAUGUCUCGAUCGUGACCUGGCAUGGGCUGAAAAGACGGCCGAGCUUGCCAAUAGCAGACCCGGACAAGGAAAGGCCAUCGCCAUGCAGGGCGACGUGACGUCGGCCGUGGAUUGUGAGAAGACCGUCCAGUUAGCCCUCGCACAAUUCGGCCGGCUCGACAUUCUCGUCAACAAUGUUGGGGUAGCUGGCGCGCCAGGGUCUGCCGCUGAGGUUGACAUGGAAAGCUGGGCAAAGGGUCUGGAGAUCAAUGUCUCGAGUAUGGUGCUCAUGGCCAAAUACGCGAUACCUGCCAUGCGUCAAAAUCAUGGCGAGCUCAAAGGCUCCAUAAUCAACAUGGGCAGCGUGGCCGGUCUCAAGGGGGGAACACCUCAUCUCCUGUACCCCACUAGCAAGGGUGCUGUGGUGAAUAUGACCCGAGCUAUGGCAGCUCACCACGCCAAAGAUGGGAUCCGCGUCAACUGUGUCUGCCCUGGGAUGCUAUAUACACCCAUGAUGUAUGCGAAGGGGAUGAGCGAAGAGGCGCGAGCGGCAAGGAAGGCAAGGAGUCUACUGGGGACAGAAGGUACCGGAUGGGACUGUGCGUGCGCUGUUACUUUUCUUGCGAGUGACCAUGCCAGGUGGAUUACGGGAGUCAUAUUGCCUGUAGACGCUGGCACAACAGCCGCUGUUGGCAUCGGAAUGCCGACAAGUGCAAGUGUCAACGGAUAG